AUGAGAUUUGCCCUUGAAGAAAUUAACAACUCAACUGAGCUGUUGCCAGGCGUUAUUCUGGGCUAUGAUAUUACUGACAGUUGCUCUGAAGUUGUGGACAUUCAGGCCAUGUUCAGAUUCCUGUCAGGCAAGCAAGGAACAGAAGUGGAGAUAUUAAACAAUUAUACAUCCUAUCAGCCUAGAGUGAUCGCUAUUAUUGGGCCAGCUUCAAGCGAAAUAGCAAUUACCAUUGCUAGAGUUUCAGGUUUCUUCCUCAUUCCUCAGAUUAGUUACCUGGCAUCUGCUGAGAUUCUGAGUGACAAGAUGCAUUUCCCGUCAUUUUUCCGGACUAUUCCAAGUGACAAGAAUCAAGUAGAAGCCAUGGCUUUACUGAUCCAGGAAUUCCGUUGGAACUGGAUUGCUGUUGUUGGCAGUGACAAUGAAUAUGGACGCAAUGGACUAACCAAAGUGGUGGAAAUGGCCUCGGCACUGGGGACUUGCAUUGCGUAUCAGGGUAUUAUCUCUACUUCCCCCGAGAUUAUCAACCAAGUCAUUAACAACAUCAGCAGCACUGUCAAUGUUACAAUUCUCUUUUCCAAUAAGUUAAUAGCACAAGUAUUUUUCAGUUUUGUUGUGGCUCAAAAUCUUGCUUCCAAAGUGUGGAUCGUAAGUGAAGCCAUUUCAUUAUCGGAGGAGAUAACAAAAAUACCAAGAAUUGAGAGUAUUGGGACUGUUAUCGGCAUAGCGGUUAAGGAAGGGGAAUUGACACACUUUAAGGAAUUCCUAGACAAACCUCUGAACCACAUUUACUCAGGGAUCGUGCCAGGCCUGGGAUUGGGAGAGUGUACCAAUAACAGAGGCACCUGUGAUCAAGAAUGUAAUUGGCUGAAGGCUAAGCAUUUAAACUCUUCAUCACCCAGCCUGGAGAAGAGAAUCUCACACAAUGUAUACUCAGCUGUGUAUGCUGUGGCCCAUGCAUUGCACGAUCUACUCCAAUGUAAUGCGACACAGUGCGAUAGAACACAAAGCUUCCUCCCAUGGCAGUUACUCAGCAGAUUAAAGACGGUGAAAUUUAACCUUCAAGAUUACACUCUCUAUUUUGAUGAGAACGGAGACCCACCAGUUGGCUAUGACAUUGUUUUAUGGGAUUGGAUGAGAGUCGGAGUCAACUUUAAGACUAUUGGUUCGUACAUGCCAGCUACAAGAAAGAUCAGCAUCAAUCCAUCCUUAAUCCAGUGGAAUUUGGAAGAUAACUUGGUGAGAACGCUGUAA